AUGAAACUGUGGUGUGUUCUAUCUUUCUGCUGCGAAUCAAUGGCGCUUUGGAUGGAUGCUGGGUCGGAGCCGAUGACGGAGAACGAAAAAGCUGACCUCGAAGCUAUUUCUGCUCUCAAAGAAUCCGCCGCCAUCGAAUUCAAAGAACAGGGAAACGAAUGUGUGAGGAAAGGGAAAAAGCAUUACUCUGAAGCGGUUGAAAACUACACGAAGGCCAUUAAUCAGGGGGCUCUAAGUGACUCAGAGACCUCGAUCUUGUACUCAAAUCGAGCCCAUGUCAAUCUACUCUUGGGGAAUUACCGGCGUGCUCUCACAGAUGCUGAGGAAGCUAUCAGGCUAUCUCCGGAUAACGUUAAGGCGGUGUAUCGAGCUGCAAAGGCAUCAAUGUCAUUGGAUUUGCUGGACGAAGCGAAAUCUUAUUGCCAGAAGGGAAUCGAGAAUGACCCGAGUAACGAGGACCUGAAGAAGCUUCUUAAACAGGUGAAUUCAAAGAAGCAAGAGAAAGAACAACAUGAAGCUCAAGUCUCAAGGGCUCUAGUGGAAGCCAAGGCUUGUCUCUCUGCUUUCGAAGACAGAGGCGUUAAGAUUGGCAAAGCAAUGUACCGAGAACUCACGGGUUUGAAGAAGCCAGUAUUAGAUAAAAACAACAUCCUUCAUUGGCCUGUCCUGCUUCUAUAUGCAGAGGCCAUGACAAGUGACUUUGUAGAAGACUUUUGCGAGACGGACAUCGCUGUGAACAUGUUUUCCGAGGAUAACCCGCCACUGCCAUGGGAUAAAAACAACGACUACACGCGUGAUGUGAUUGAGCUUUACUACGAGGUAAUCAACUCCUCUUACGCCAUUGAAACGAGAGUAUCUGCAGUUGAGCCAUCUGGUUUUCGUUUUCUUUACCACUGCGAUAUCCUCGAGAGAGCGAGUUCGGGAACUCCAUUGCCUAGGAGUAGAGUUCUCCAGUAUCUUCUAGAAGGUACAAAAGGUUCUCAAGCCGAAACCACCGGAGAAGAGGACACAAGCUUACCCAAAACACUCUCCAACCUGAAAGGAGGGCGCUCGUCGGGUAUGGUUAAAGUGAACGAGCGAAGAACAUUGCAUGAUGUGUUGAAAGAACCUAACUUCGUCAUCCCUGAGAUUCCAGUCUUUUACAUCGUAUCGAAGAGGUCCAAAUUCUACCAGGACUUUGCCGCCGGAAAAUGGAGUCCACCAAGUUAA